GCCGAGUUAUGUCAGAGUUUGUUUACCAAAACAUAUGGUAUGAGGCUACAAACAUUAACAAACAGCCUCGAUUCUCAAUCCCUUGAGCAAUUUCGCUAUCAAUUUAAAGCAUGGGAAGUGCAUGGGACACAUUUAUCGAAAGAGCAAUAUUGGAAUUGGAGUUGCACCAGUACCUGCCAGCGCGUUUCAAUGAUGAGCUGGGAGUGAUAACGCGUCUGUCGAACGACACGUCCCGGAGUGAACUGCGAGAAUGGCUUCGCCGCCUUCCGAACAUUCGGCCCGAUGGAGAGGCAUUAUCCGACAAACAUCGCACGAAUGGUAAUGUGAUGUUCAAGGGCAAAUCCAGCAACCAUCUGGUGCUGCAAGCUUAUAACCGAGCCAUCUUUGCCGCCCCAUGCGCCUCGCGAGCACUAGCGUUGGGUCACGCAAACCGUGCCAUUGUGCUGAUUCGUUUAGGACGCUAUCGGGAAGCGUAUGAGGAUUGUCAGCUGGCGCUGGAUGGAGAUUAUCCGGAAGAAAAAAGACUGAAAGUGUACUUCCGCCAAGCGGAAUGUGCCGAAAGCAUGAACGAUCCCAGCAAGCUAGGCCCCAUUGUCGACGGUUUAUCGAAGCUGCAGGCCGAUCCGUCGCGGAUCCUGUCGAAGGGCGAGCGGGAAAAAUUGCAAACACUCCAGGCCAAAUAUGAUGCAGCCGAGAAGCGUACGGUGGAAGAAACUGCAACACCGAGUUAUAGUAACUUUCUCGCAGCUGUAAAGAUCUGUGUAACCCCUACAAAAGGACGACAUGCUAUUGCUCAAGAAACACUUCACACGGAUCACAUCAUUUCCAGAGAAACGGCCGUCUCGUUCGUUCCGGUGUAUGAUCCAAACGGACGCACCUCGUACCACUGCCAAAAGUGUGCCAGGGUGAACGUGAUUCCUUUUCCAUGCUCCAGCUGUGGAGGUGCAUGCUACUGCAGCAUCCAGUGCAGAGCCGAUCACCGACAGGUCCACCGCUUUGAGUGUGCCGGGUAUCAGAAACGGUUGUGGUAUUUCAUCGGAAUCGCCCACCUGGGAAUACGCAGCUUUCUGGACGGUUUCGAUACGAUUCGUAGCGAACUAUUGAAGGUGAGUGCAGCGUCAUGCGUAGAAUGGUCACUCAGAAAAUGGCUAGGCGCAAUCACUAGCGGUGGAAAGGACUACGGCCAGUACGGAAAAGUGUUACGGUUGGUUACAAACUUCCACAAAAUGGAUCCAGACGAUGUGCUGCGCUAUGCGAUGGCCGCUUUAAUGCUCUCCAUUUAUCUGAUGGAAUUUACCCCAUUUUUGAGUGAACAUGGUUUUCCGCAGGAGGUAACUGGCGGCCACUUGCCUAAUUACUGUGCAGCAUUAAUAAUGCGCCACAUCGGGCAACUGGUAUGCAAUGGGCACGCGAUCAGUGAACUCAGCGCUACAUCGCCUUGCGCCUCCUACAGCGAUGCAGCGCGGUUGGAACCGUUCGAUCUGCUGCAGGAGGACAGCUUCCAUCCGCAAGUUGGUCUGUUGCAUCUUUGCUUUAGCAGCGCACGUAUAUUCACAGCGAUAUACCCCCAAAUAAGCAUGUUUAACCAUGCUUGCAAUCCGAACAUUCGCAAUCACUUCGAUCGAUCGACGCUGAUGGUAUACGCUACCCGGCUGAUUGCACCCGACAGCGAGGUGGUUAACUGUUACGGUCCCCAUUAUAAGCUUAUGAGCCGAGAGAUGCGCUUGAUGCAUCUGAAGCAGCAGUACUGUUUCGACUGCACUUGUGACCGAUGCCAAAGUGGCGUCGACACUUUCCUCACAAUGCACAAUGCAAUCCGUUGCUCUCGUUGCUGGCAGCAGUUUUCUUUGGAGCUAAGUAUGGAGCAUUUGCAGGACGGUAAGAGCAUAUACUGUGCCCACUGCUCAGCAGAAAUCGAUACCGAUUGGUACGGCAAUAUUUUGCAAAUCACCAUGAAUGAUGAUCCACACCAUUUGGACAACGAUUUUCGGCGGGUUGUGACGCUAUAUGCCCGGUGCGCACAAACCUUAGUCGGCUCUAACCAAACCAGGGCGGACGUACUGGAGGCCAUACUUCACCGCUACACCAGACAUGCAGUGAGGAGCGACUUUUGGCAUUCUACCCUACGCAAAUAUGCAAUUGAACUUGCAUCGAUCCGGCGUGAACAGUACAACUGCAUGAGCUUAGAAUACUUAACCGGCUGUUUCUAUCUGCUGGAUCUAUGGGCCCUGCUAUAUCUGUGCAACGGUUCUGAACCGGUACAGCUGAAAAAGGAAGAAAAAGCUGCAUUGAAAGAUUUCCGUGCCGCAAUUGGCAUGAUCGGAGUAGAGAAUCGUUUGCUGAUCUUGGAAUAUGCGGAACGAUUUGUUAUACUGGAUGAAGAAACCCCAGAAGAAGAAUGGAUCCCAGUUGAGUGAAACGCAAAUAAAAAGCAUUAGGAUGCUACUGAUCACUUAA